UGGCAUGUGCCCUUUCCAGCAAUGUUCCUUGUGAAACUCCACACUCCCAAUCCCCAAUUCCGGUUUGUAGUAUGGCGAUACCAGCAGUGCGUUGUCUCCUUCAUUCCUAUUGUCUCACUCUUCUACGGGCAUGGGGGGUCUACAAGGAAUACUCCACGCUCGUUGUACGAAAUCAAAGUGCCCCAGCAACCUGGCUAUCUCUCGCCCAACAUUAUUGAACGUAACGUGUCAGCUUUUGGCCGCUGACCAACUACGUGGAGAUCUGACAGCAGCAAAAAUCUCCACGAUGAUCCAAAUUUGGAUUCGGCGUUUCGUAUACGAAAUAACGUCUGGCCACCAGUAUCACAAACACUCCGAUUGCUGGUAGUACCCCGGC